CCGACCACUUUUAAAUAUCCAAAUAUGAACCCGGCGGAACUCAAGAAACUGCGUUCGAAACAACGGAAAGCAGCCAAAAAAGCAGAGCAAAAUAAAGUGGAAGAAAAGAAAAAAGAAGAAAAGAAAGCUGAACACCAUAAAGCGAAAUCUGGAGGAAAUACGGAUGACUUGGAUAAUCAACCUGCGGAAGAUUUAGACCCCAGUAAGCUGGAACGGACUGAGGAUCCAUUAGGUGAAGCUAUUCAUUUCUUGAAGCCACUUCAAUCUUUAGCACCCAAUAGAAUCCAAACUCACUUAAUGGCCUUUGAAAUUUAUCUACGAAAAGGCAAGCCACUACUCAUGCUACAGGCACUUAAAAGAGCACUAAAACUGGAACCUUCCAACCCUGAACUCCACACGUGUUUGAUACGAUUCUUGCAAUAUAGACAAGAAAAACUUAGCUCUCAAUGUGGGACCAUCGUGGAUGUUAUUAAUAGGGAAGUGACCAGACUUCUUCCAACAACAGAUCAUAAUAAGCUUAAUGAAGAUUUCUUAAAUAAUAAUCAAGAAUCUCUCCCACACAGACUACAAGCUGCCCGUUCAAUGGUGCUUCUGGAUGGUGUACAACGUGAGCGUGCCCUUUCCAUUGCUACAGUUCUUGAUUCACAUCUAAAUGACAGAACUCAUGAGCAGGGUGACCCAAAGAAGAAAACACAUUCACCAACAUCUACUCAGUUGCCAUCUUUCCAGAAGUUUGCUGACAUCACAAACAUGCAGCAAGUAUUAGAAUGGUUGGAAUCACGUGAGUUUGUAGCCACACCAGAGCAAGUUUGUCACUAUAAAGCACAGUGCCAUGAUAUCUAUCCUCGUGCCCGGGCCUUCUGUCCCCCUCAGCCAGCAUCCACUUCCUCAACAAGUGAUUCUGCUAGUGAUUCUACUACUACAACUACUUCCACUACUACUACUACUAGUAUCACUACUACUACCAUUACCACAACAUCCUCUACAGCCAACCAUAAUCAUGUGGAUUCACCCAGCAGCUGAAAUUCAUUGCAAGUUCCCAGCAUUAGACUUUUGCAGACUGCAGGGUUCUUCUAAGUGAUGUCAACACCAGGAUGCCGUGAUAUUGCAAAAAGAAACUAACCUUGAAAAUUAUAUUAAAAUGUUCUAAACUGUCAAGCCUCAGUAACUCAAAUUUCUCUUAAGAAAAGAACUAGUGAAAGCAUAUGACAUAGUUGAGCUAAAAUAAUCCUGGUAAUGAAUAUAAACAGUAUACACCUAUACUUGGGCAGACAUUAUCAUGGUCAUUAAAGGCAGUUAAUAUUGUUUUGUUUGGUUAAAUAUUGAGCUUUAUCUCAUACUUGUAUCAUAUAUUUACACAUUACAUUAGAAUCAUUCAUAAUACUGCUUUGUUAAAGAGUUUGAAGUUGCUUUGUUGUUAAACAAACAUUAGCAUGACUACUACAGUUUUAUAUGUACAGUUAACAGAUGUUUAAUUCAUUAGUAGUCAUCUUAACAAUUUUUAUACCUCCACAGUUCCUGUCAUGAAUGCUUAAGUUGAACAUCAUUUUAUCUGAAAGGAAAUGGGUUAUUUAUAAUUAAGUAAACAUUUAUUUCUUAUUGAUUAAUGCCUUUUAUGGUGUUAAUAUAUUAUUCCAGAUGUUAUUGAAGUAGUCAUCCCUACAAGGCAUAUAUAAACUUAAUAAGUGGCAGUCAAGACUGGAAGUUGGUGUUUAGUCCAUAUUUCCUACUGGUUGCCACAUUGAACUGAAGGCAGAGCUCAGUAUCCUGUCCUUCAAAUUUUAUUCUUCAAUAAUGAAAAUUUUUAUCCAAUAUAUCAAUAACCCAAGGAAAUUUGUUGGCCAUGUGUGGCUUGCCUCAAAACUGAAAGUAUUUUUUUGAAAAUUAUAGUUUUCCUUUAGGAAUUUGUAGGAGUGACAUUUAAUGGUAUGGUUCUUUGAACAUUGUGCACUUUAUGAAGAUUAGUUUUGGGCUGUUUUUAUAUGGGUGCAUUCCAUAAUUGUAGUUGAAUGUAGACUCAUUUUUCUCUAAACAACUGUUAAUUAUGUGCCUUUGUAUUCCUCUAAUUCUGUUCAUUGCCUUCAAAGUGCCCAGCCAUUAAUAACUGCUCCUGCAUAUUGAUUCUCAUUGUUGGAAUUUGGAAGGUGUUAUAAACAUGUUGCCAAUUAUUAAAUCAAACCUCACAUGAAUGUCCCUCUUUGGCUCCAUAUUGUAGCAGCCAGUGUUUGGCCUAAUUUUUACCCUUCAACCCCCCCCCUCCCACUGCUUAUUUUUUUUUUUAUAUGCUGUUAUGGUCUUGAUUCUGAAAUAACACUUGGGUAAUUAAUAUAUUGACUUGCAAAUAUCAGUAUCAUAUUUUAAAAGAAAAACCCUCCUACUUGUUAAUUCAUGUCAUGUGAUGCUCAAUUUUCAAAUAUGGAUAGAGUGACUCGGUGAUACUUCAGAAGCUAGGCCUGUGCCAGUACUGUAUAUAAGUGAGAGUUUGAAUUCCAUCAAGUUGUUAACAAGGAAGUGACGAGUAUAGGGUUUUUGGCUGCAAUACUUAAAAUUAUUCUGCUUAUUGUUAAAAAAUAGCCACUACCAUAAUCAGUUUUGCUCACUUGCAUUACCCAUUACUGGCAUUAAUGGGUAAUAAUGCAUUCAAGUAUGUACAUAGAUGAUGAUGAUGGCUUUGCCAUGUUAUGAUGAUAGGCAAUAUAAUUCUGACAAUAUCAGGGUUGGACUUACCUUUAUCAAUAUUGUCUCAGAGUAUUACAGGAAGAGUAUUCACCCGCACUUGAUAUAGGAUCUCAAAAGGAAUCAGUCAUGCAGUAUGCUAAUUACCAAUUUAAAAUUUUCAUCUAGUGAUAAAAUGGGUGUCUAGCAAGCCUUUAGAAAUGCACUGAAGAUCCACCUCUGUAUGUCAGUUGUUAAUCUCUGCUUACUUUAUGGCUUUUGUAAUUACCUAAAAAUUGAUAUGCAUAUAUUACAGCCAGAAACUCUAUAACAUUGGUUUGCAACUGGAUUAAGACUGGCUCUCCUAACAUUAAUUUGAAUGUUAUUAAAAUUAUUAUUAUUAUUAAAAUGACUGAUUCUUGGCUGUAAAAGAAAUGGCUCAAAAACUUUUGAAGACUUGAUAAAAAAAAAAUUUGUUAACUGUAGCAAAAGUGAUCCAGGACUUUUAAACACGUCAGAGAAUAAGCCAUUCAUAACAAUUAGUGUUGAAUAAUAUCAGAUAAAAAGGGACUUUGACUGCUGCCUUUAUGGUAAAGGUGGAGUGAUAUUGUUAUGCAUUUAAAAUACAAGGGAGAAUGCUUAGCUAUUGGUUUACAAUAUUCAGUAAUUUAUUUGGACUUCAUAUGUUAUCUAAUGUAAUAGUGUGUGGUUUUGGUAAAGGUACUGCAAUAUAAUUUGAAUUUCAGAUAAAAUAUACACUACAGAUGGAAAAUUUGUAUUAAACAUAGACAUAGUAACCUGCAGAGAAAAUUGCACAAUUUAAUCUGGACAGGGAAACUAGUAUGAAAUUCACAUUUACACAGGAGUCAGAUAGUGAAUUAUGACCCUAAUUGUCAGCUUUACUUUUAUAUUAUAAGAUGUAGGUUUUACAUCAUAGUGGCUGAUGGGGUUAAGGGUCACUCAGUAUACUAGACUGUAUAAUACCCAAUUAUAUUCCAUUUGCUAAGAAUGUACAGGUUUGGUUGUUGCAUAGUUAUGGUUCAGCUAGUCACAAAGGGGAUUUUUUUUUUUUUUUUUUUUUUUUUGAGCAAGUGCUUUCAUUUCUUCGCCAGAUUUGUAUAUAUCAUUUUCUAAAGGAAAAAAAAAAAAGCAAAGAGUUGCCUGAACAUUUUGUACUUAGCUACCACAGUGCACUGUAUACUCAGCCAACUUGUUCAGUCAUAUAUUUUCCCUCGGGUAAAGAAAGCAUCCUUGUUAUUACGUUUUAUGGACCUCCUCAUUAUUUUGCUUAUUGAGGGGAAAACCCUGAACAAAGUUGAAGGAACCUUCAUGAUUCCAAAAUGUUUGUACAGAUUAUGAAAGAACAUGGGUAGUUUCAUUAAGAGACAGAAUUCACUGUGCAUGUGCUCCUUGUCACUAUUUGUUUUUAACAGGUUAAUUUCUCAUUAGGUUGUUUAAAAAUGAGAUAAUGAAGUAAACAUAUUGUAUAUUAUAUAAUUGAUAUAUUAUGAGCCUCAGGUGAUACGAGUCAAGGGCACUGUAUGUACAUGGAUUGUUGAGUGUGAGUUGCCUGCCUGGGUACCACCCUAUUUUGAUACAUUUUUCAGUGUCAUUAUAUAUAGGCAGAGGACCCUGAGAAUGGGGACUUGAAAUAAAUCUAAACCUGUAA